AUACUGUAUCAUAAAAGCAAAUGUUUACAAAUAAAGAACACAAGGGUUCACGUUCAGUAAAUGGUGUUGUGGCUCUUAUUAUUUUAAAGUAGUAUGAAAACUGUGAAAUGUAUUUAGUUUGUUGUAACAAAGAGUAUGCCUAUUUUUGUACUACAGUUUUUCGUUCAGUACAGUUCUAAAAGUUUUAAAGUUUAACUAAUAAUUUGAAAUGUGAAUGUCUAUUCGUUUGUUACUGAGGAUUAGAGUAAUGUGGAAAGACAAACUUUUUUGCCACUAGAAUGUUAGUGGCAUUUAAAUUAGCCAUAGUUAAUUAUCUAUUAACUUAUGGAUAUGCUUAUCCGAACCUUAUUUUUUCAACUGCAAAAGACAUUAGAAUUGCCAAUGUUUCUCGACCAACGAAGGCCACCACAAUUGUCAAGGAUCUGGAGGAAGCAUAUGCUGUUGAUUUUUACCAUGCUGGGUCUCUCGUGUGUUGGACUGACCAGGGUCUUGAGAUGAUACAAUGCAUGCAUUUCAAUGGAACAAAUACUGGUCCCAAGAUGAAAGUGGUCACAACUGGCCUGAUAUCGCCUUAUGGGCUGGCAUGUGACUGGCUGACUGAGAAGUUGUAUUGGACCGUAGAAUCUCAAUUAAUUUUUUUUAAUUUCUCAUUCCACAGCCUAAUGUUCUGGACGGACUGGGGCGAAGUGCCCAAAAUCGAAAGAGCAUCAAUGGAUGGUGAUCCAUCUACAAGGAAAGUGAUCGUAGUCAAUGACAACAUAUUCUGGCCAAAUGGGUUGACCGUCGAUUUCGAGAAUAAGCGCUUGUUCUGGCUGGACGGACGUUUGCUUUUUAUUGAAGUGAUGGACUACGACGGCCGCAACAGGCGGACGGUGACUAAGAAAGGCAUCGAGUAUCCGUACGCAAUCACGUUCUUCCAGGAGAAGGUGUACUUCACCGACUGGAAGACAUGGUCGGUGCACGUGAUCGACACGGCUGGCAGUGCGCAUGCGCCGAGGGAGAUCCUGCACGGCGACCUUUGUCCGCACGACAUCCGCGCCUGGGAGCCCAAGCGGCAGCCGCCCAAGGCGACGCCUUGCUCCCACAACAAUGGCGGAUGCUCGCACCUCUGCCUCCUGUCCACGCGGCCACCCGGCUACACCUGCGCAUGCCCCACCGGCAUCAGACUCAUCUCAAACUAUACCUGUGCCAACAGUUCUCAGGAAUUGCUAAUAUUAGUUCAGAAGAGCGAUAUAUCGAUGAUAUCAUUGGACUCGCCGGAUCAUACAAGCCAGGUGCUAGCUCUGCGUGGAAUCAAAGAUGCGUUUGAGGUUGACUAUGAUCCCAUUGACAACUACAUGUAUUGGACUGAUAUUGAGGCGAAGUGUAUAAGGAGAGCAAGACUGAACGGUUCGAAUCAAGAAGACUUUGUGACGGCAGAAGUGGAGAAGCCGGAUGGCGUAGCAGUGGACUGGAUAGCUCGCAACUUGUACUGGACUGACAUUGGUACUCAUCGCAUUGAGGUGGCAAGGCUUGAUGGAAAAGCACGAAAGGUUCUGAUUAACGAAGACCUGAUAAAUCCGCGCGCGAUUGCAGUGUCGCCCGAGCAUGGUUGGCUGUUCUGGUCGGAUUGGUUCGAGAAGCGGCCGAAGAUAGAGCGAGCCUCACUGGACGGCUCCGACCGGCUGGUGCUCGUCAAGGAAGGCCUCGGCUGGCCCAAUGGCAUCGCUCUCGAUCUCAAUGCCAGCAAGCUCUACUGGGGUGAUGCCAAAACCGACAAAAUAGAGGUUAUAAACAUGGAUGGAACCGGAAGGAGAGAGAUAGUCAGCCAUAACAUUCCACACGUGUUUGGCUUGACGCUGCUUGGCGACUGGCUCUACUGGACUGAUUGGCAAAGGCGAAGUAUUGAUCGAGUCGAUAAAAAUACUGGAACCAAACGCCAAGUAAUUUUAGAUCAGUUGCCUCAUGUGAUGGGACUGAAAGCUGUGGGUGCGGGCAGUGGAAGGGGCUGGAAUCCCUGCAAAGAUAAGAAUGGCGGCUGCUCACAUUUGUGCCUCAACAGACCCGGAAACAAACACAUAUGUGCCUGUCCCAUAGGUCACGAGUUGUUGGCCGAUCAGCAUAAUUGUGUCGUACCAGAAGCAUUUCUAGUUUUCGCUCGGAAAGAUCGAAUCGGUCAGAUUAGUAUUGAAAACUCACAUAAUGACCCUGUAACUAUUGUAACUGCUGUAAAAGAUGCAAUUGCUCUAGAUUUUGACGUGAAUAACAAAAUGGUUUAUUGGACUGAUAAUAAAUUGAAAACCAUAUCAAGAGCUUUUAUCAACGGGUCACAGAUCAAAAAUAUAAUUGAAUUUGGACUUGAUAGUCCGGAAGGUCUAGCGGUAGACUGGGUCGCUCACAAUCUGUAUUGGACCGACAAAUCCAACCGACGAAUUGAAGUCGCUCGGCUGGAUGGAUCAUCUCGCAAGGUUCUCUUGUGGUCCAAUAUUCUGGAGCCACACAGCAUUGCUCUGGAUCCUAGCGAAGGCUACAUGUACUGGACGGACUGGGGUAAUGUGGGCACCAUAGAGCGUGCAGCGAUGGAUGGGUCACUGCGGACUGUGGUGAUAGCACGUGCCGGCCACGCCAGCAGUCUGACAUUGGACUAUGGCCAGCGACGCCUCUACUGGACGCAGCUGCAGGGCGCCGGUGCCAUAGAGGGCGCCGACCUUGACGGCAGGCAUCGCUUCCAGCUGGUCAGCAAAGACGUUGUCCGGCCCAGUGCACUCACUCAGUAUCAGAAUCGUGUGUAUUGGGCCGACUGGAGCGGUGGUCUAAUUGAGCGAGCGGACAAAAUGACGGGGAAGAACAGGAGUAGGAUCCACGAGCGGCUGGACAAGGUGACGGAGCUGCGUGUGUUCCACGCGUCACGCCAGGUGGGCUGGAACCAGUGCGCCGUCGUCAACGGGGGCUGCAGCCACCUGUGUCUGGCACUGCCCCCUGCCCCCACCGCCCCCAAGAAGCAGCAGCUGCAGCACGACUCGUUCCGCUGUCACUGUCCCACACACUUCUCGCUACACAACAACAACACUUGCUUGCGUCAGUACCUUCACUCCUAUUGCACACUUGAUUUCGACUCUAUGCUAAUUGACGGCCGGUCGCAGUCGAUCCGUCGCUCGCUGGAGAACGGUAGCCUGUUGAGCGUGGUGAUGAGUGGAGGGGGAACGCAGCAGCCCUAUGACCUGGCCAUCGACCCCUACAGCCACCUGCUCUACUGGAGCUGUGCGACCAGCCACGCCAUCCUUGUCAACCGCAGCGACAGCGGCGAGGCCGUCGGCCAAGUGGUGGGGGCGUCGAAGAUUGACGGCCGGUCGCAGUCGAUCCGUCGCUCGCUGGAGAACGGUAGCCUGUUGAGCGUGGUGAUGAGUGGAGGGGGAACGCAGCAGCCCUAUGACCUGGCCAUCGACCCCUACAGCCACCUGCUCUACUGGAGCUGUGCGACCAGCCACGCCAUCCUUGUCAACCGCAGCGACAGCGGCGAGGCCGUCGGCCAAGUGGUGGGGGGCGUCGAAGGCGAGAAGCCCCAAUACUUGGCUCUGCAUCCUGAAAAAGGGACAUUGGGACAUUGGGGUGAGAAGAAAAUACAAGCCUUUGAGAUGUGGACCUAUCGCAGAAUGCUGAGAAUCUCGUACACCGAUCAUGUUACAAAUGAAGAGGUUCUCAGGAGAAUGGGUAAGAAACUGCAACUCAUUGGUGAAAUCAAGGAGCGCAAAUUAAGGUACCUGGGUCAGAUAAUGAGAGGACACAAGUAUGGAAUAUUGCACCUCAUUAUGCAAGGCAAAAUAACAGGUGGGAGUGUGCCUGUCGCAUCCACACUGCUUCACUACAUUGUAUCUUCAAACCUGAAGGCAUUGCUUGUGAGCACCAGUUUGGCGAGGUUUACUAUGAAGGUGGUUGAAGGGGUGAAGGGUAUUGACGGCCGGUCGCAGUCGAUCCGUCGCUCGCUGGAGAACGGUAGCCUGUUGAGCGUGGUGAUGAGUGGAGGGGGAACGCAGCAGCCCUAUGACCUGGCCAUCGACCCCUACAGCCACCUGCUCUACUGGAGCUGUGCGACCAGCCACGCCAUCCUCGUCAACCGCAGCGACAGCGGCGAGGCCGUCGGCCAAGUGGUGGGGGGCGUCGAAGGCGAGAAGCCCCAAUACUUGGCUCUACAUCCUGAAAAAGGAUUGUUGUUCUGGACGGACGCCGGUGGCGCUGAGCCUCGUGUUCUGCGUGCUCGACUGGACGGGUCGAGUCGCAUUGUGGUCGCCGUUGAGUCGUCGCCUCCCACCGGGCUGGCCAUUGACACCACCGAACUCAAAGUCUACUGGUCCAAUGGCCAAUUCAUCAAUGUAGUCGAUUACUCUGGAGAAAAUAGGAGAAACAUAGUUUACACACGAAGUGGACAAGUGAGCAGUGUGGCUGUGUUGGGCCACUAUCUCUAUUGGAUCGACCGCGAGUCUCAAGUGGUGGAGAGAGUAGACAAGGAGACUGGACGAAUUCGGGAAAUGGUAAUCUCGCGAAUAGCUCACCUCAAUGACUUGGUAGCUGUUGACACAAAGUUGGACUGGAGCAAUCCGUGCAGCGUCAAGUCGAAUGGAUGCAGCCACAUGUGCAUGCCCUCGGGUGGAGGCGGCGAGGGUCGGGGGGCGGAGUGCUCGUGUCCGCACGGCUACACGCUGAGGGAGGACCGGCGGGUGUGCCAGCUGCUGCCCGCCUGCGACCACUUCCCCGACAUGUUCUCGUGCGGGGGCGGUGGCCUUGGAGGCGGUGGGGCGGGGGCGGACUGUGUGCCGCAGGAGUGGCGUUGUGACGGCCGGGCCGAUUGCCCGGACGCCAGCGACGAGAUCGGAUGUCCCAGCUGUCAGCCCGACAAGCAGUUCAAGUGUCAUUCCUCGCAAUGCAUCGAUUUGAGUCUGGUGUGUGACGGCACGCCGAACUGCCCCGACGGGUCGGACGAGUUGUCGUGCCCGUUGUGCAAGAGCUCUGACUUCCAGUGCGCGUCGGGCGGCCAUUGCAUUCCGCUGAUGCUGGUCUGCGACGACAUCAGUCACUGCGCCGACGCAUCCGACGAGACCAACAGUGCAUGCGCCGCCAAAAGGAGGGUUGAUCCAGAAGCACAGGCGUCCAGUGGCCAGGGAGGAUUAAUUCUUUGCAUAUUCAUUGCAUCCAUAAUAAGUAUAGCAUAUGGAGUCUACAAAUGCAUCAGGCCGAAAUCGAAGUCGAGUGGUGGGCUUCCGUGCGAGGGAGACUCGGCCGCUGACCCGCUGUCACCGAAGCCUCAGCGCAUCGUGGGGGCGGCAGGGUUGCAGCCGGGGGCGGUGCGCAUGUCGAUGCUGAACGGCGGAGGCGGCAGCAGCAGCGGCGGCUACGAGGUGUGCGGUGGCGGGGGCGGCAGUCGCAGUGCAGUGACCGGCGCCUCCAGCUCGACACAGUCGCAGCUGUGCUACCCUCUGAAUCCGCCCCCCAGUCCGGCCACCACUGUGCAGCGCGACGCCGACUACUGCUGCCCCCGCUACCUGCCGCCCCCUCCCACCCCCUGCAGCACUGACGUCUGCGACGAGUCUGAUUCCAACUACCGCUGCGACAGCGACCCCUUUCCGCCCCCGCCCACCCCUCGCUCAUACUCUUCCGGCCCACCUUCCCCCUCCUCCUCCACCUACUUCCACCCCCUGCCGCCGCCUCCGUCGCCCAAUGCUCGUUACCAUCAUCAGCACUGCUAGUUUCCAAAGCCGCUCAGUCACAAUACAAAACUCUACCACAUGAAACAUUAUUGAAUUUCUCUACAGCAAUCCAUUUAGUUUAAAGUCAAACAAAUUAUUAUUACUCAUAUUAGACUAAGUUAGAGCUCAAAUACGUGCUUAAUACUUGAAUCUUUUCUAUUGUAUCCGUUUUUAGGGAGUAAACAAAUCAUUAGACCCGUAUUAAGUUUAAUCAGAAGGGAAAACUCGAUGACAUGAAACAGGAAUGAAUUUCUCUAUGGCACCCCAUUAACGUUCAAUAAAUUGUUAUCACCCAUAUUAGACUAGGUUGGAGAUUAAAGACGUGAUUAAUACUUGAGUCAUUUGUAUUAUAUCCGUUUUUAGGGAGUAGAUAUAUUAGUCCGUAAUAGACCAUCAAAUAUUCUAUUUAAGAUCCUUGACCAACUUUUAUAAAAAAAAAAAACAAUUCCAACCUAUUCAUAUAAGAUAGAGAAAUAUUCUAUUAUGUGAUGACCUAUUACAUCACAUGAUCAAUUUUCUUUUUAUACAUAAAUAAGUUAUAUUCGAUAAAAGAUUGUCAACGAUAUUUUUUAAAAUGUUGGAUAAACUAAUGCUGGCCUAAUACAUUAAUGAUUUACUCUGUGUAAACAAAUACCGUACUAUAAUAAUUUACAGUAGUGACUAGAAUUAACUCAUUAAUUUUAGUCACUACUGUAAAUUAGUAUAGUACGGUAUUUGUUUAAAAAGAGUAAAUCAUUAAUGUAUUAAGCCAGUAUUAGUUUAUCCAACAUCUUAAAAAAUAUCGUUGACAAUCUUUUAUCGAAUAUAACUUAUUUAUAUAUAAAAAGAAAAUUGAUCAUGUGAUGUAAUAGGUCACGGUACAUUUGCCUUCUGUAUGUGUUCAGAAUUCGUGUUCAAUUAUCAAAAUUGGUUAUACCAAUAUCCUCUACGUUCCACAUAAAGAAAAAAAUAUAUAUAUAUAUAUUCAAGCCAUCAUCUUGCUUCGCCAGAUUGAACCGUAUGGUUCGACGCUUAACAAUUUAUUCCUGCUUUCCAAUUACUUUCUGUUCUGCUGAUCAGAAACCGUUGAUAUUCCAUUAGUUUUUACGGAAAUAUUCACUCAUUCACUAGCACUAGUAAGUUGAUUCGUAAACACUCUCAUAAGAAUCAAUGCUUAUUAACGAUUCCUGUUUCUACUCAGUAGAAUAGAAAUACAUUGGAAUGCAGGACUUGAGUGAAGUCAAGACAAACUUGAAAAGUUGACUUAACUAUGUCACGAUCAAUGAGAAAGAAGUACUGCGACCAAACGUGUCUGUAUUCACCAACUAAUUUAUUAAGGUUGUAGCUAGCUCUAUCAAUAUUUUGGUCUUUUUUGUUAAAUUUUGGAUUUCACCGACUUUAUUUCUAUGUUGUAACAUACUCGUAAAAUUGUAGAUCCAUGAAAACAAUAGAAUACUCAGACUUUUAUAGAAAGCAUUAUUUUUAUCAGAAAAAUUUAUUGAACAUUAAGGGUUCUCUUUCUCUCUCUCUCUCUUUCUUUCUAUUCCUUGGUUUCUCUGAGUCAUGUCAUAGUUAGUUUUCCUUUUAAUGAUUAGUUUGUACAUUGUCGCCUACUGGAAGCAGAGUGCUCCCAAAUAAUAAAUUAAGGAAUACCGUGGAAAAAAAAUUAAUAUUUUUAAUGAAAAGAGGCAACCUGAACAUUCUAAUAUCACUCUGACUAAUGACCCCACGUUUGAAACUGGAAGAUUUUGAGUUUAUUCAAAGUGAUUUGUUGAACUCAAAACGUUUGCUUGUAGUGGGCGACGCAAGAUAUUAGAAAACACGCAACUAAACAAUAUCAAAAUGAACAAAUAUGAUUACUUAUUUGAAUCGAUGGCAAUUGGCUAUUGAAUCUUUUCCUAUUAUAGUUAGAAUAUUGUAUUCUAAAUAUUGUCAUCCACAUUCAAAUUAUAUGGUUGUAAUAGAAUAUCAUGUGAAUUAAUAGUUACCGUUAUUUUUUAAUGUAUUGGACAUUUUGAAUAACAUAUUUUUCUAUUUACAUACAAUUUAUACUGUAUACAAACAACAAACAACGAUUUAUUCAAUUAAAUGGUUAUAGAUCUAGAAUAAUUAUGUUCCACGCUUCCUAGCUACGGAGAAUUAUUUCCUCUGGAGAGGAAAUAUUUUAAUCUGUAUACAUGAAUUAGAAGAAUUUGUAUAUUAUUUUUUGUACAUAUAUGUACAAAGAAUUAGCAUUUAAUUUCAGGGAGAAUUUAUGUAAUUAUCAUUUGAAAACAUUUACUGAUUGCUGCUAUUGCUAUUUCCUAAUUUAUUAAUAAUCCAAUAGAUCACUCAGCUACGAAUAUUCCGCAGUACAGUUCUUGCAACUGAAAUAUAAAUUUUAUUCAUUCAAAAUAUUUUCAAACAAAAAAAUUAACACAUGAAGUUAUGUUGUCAACGUUUUACUCCACUGUAGCAAAACAUUUUAUGGGACGUUAUUCUUAUUGAGCAAUUCUGUUGAUAAAAUAAUUUUUUCUUCAUGAUAAUCCAUUCAUUGAAAAUAUUUUUUUUUCACAUGGGACCUGAGUAUAUUCUAAUGAUUGCUUGUUUGGACAUUGAAUUUGAAAAUAAUGAGAACGCAUAAAGGGUCACAUGUGGGCCAAUCUAGAUUAACUGUUUUUGACUAUCAAUUGUUUCUUUUUUACACUUGUGUAGUAUUGAAAUGUAUUUAUCAUCUUCCUAUUUCUUAAACCUCAAGAGCUUUAUAUAUUUCUCAGGAAUGUUUGUCCUAGUACUGAAUAUAAAACACCUAUUUAUAAGUCGUGUGAAAUACAGUGAUGCUGAAGUAAUAGUGAAGUAAGUCGAGUAACAGCUUAAUCUGAUGCCUUGAAGUAAUUUCUCUUUAGAAUGUUGAUAGCUCCAAAAAGCAUCACAAUGUAGCCUUUUUCACAAGUUGCCUUAUUGAGAGAUUCAAUUUGAAUAGUUGAAUUUUAUAUUCAUUUUAUUUGUUGAUUAUUAUUAUUUGAUCCUUUUUAUUGAUGUUUUGUAGCAGUUUUUUGGUUGGCUUUUUGUCAGUGUAUGAAAUGAGGUGUUUUGAAUUGGUUAAGUUUUUGUUUAGGUAAUUUCUGUAUCAUAAUACAAUUUAUUUAUCCUUACUUUUGAUACAAAACAUUUUUGUGCUUCAACGAAUUAAGAAAAUAUUUGUGAAAAUGAACUAACUUUGAAAAUUUUCAAUCUGAAAUAUUCUAUUUAAUAUUUUUUAUGGCUGUGCAAUUAGAAAGCUGGCUUUCAUUCUAUAACUUUUCUAUGUAAUUUUUCAUGAGACCAUUGAUCAUAUGAAAAUUAUUUGAUUGAAUACUGAGUGAGCUCAGUUCGAGGCCCAAUGAUAGACUCAACUUUGAAGCAAGAAGAUUGCCAUGCGUAUUCUAAUAUUGCAAAUCUGCCUCAUUACCCAGACACAAGCCUAGAACUCAUGUGGGCAUCACCCCCAGCAAAAAUAUAUUAGAUGGGAGGUAAGAAUUUCUUAUGAGAAAUUAUAAUUGGUCUCAUUUUCCAUACACUAUCUCAAAUGUAUUUUAUUACCUUGUAAUGCACCUCCAAAUAAAUUAAAGCUUGUCUUGAUUAAAUAUAUUUAUAUAUUGUAUUUUAUGGACUCGAUAAAUUUACUAGACUCAAUUACAAAACUUGAAUAAUUACAGAUGAAACUAAUGAGACAUUGCAUUUAUUCGAAUUAGAUCGAAUUUUCAUCUAGCUGUUAAUCCUGUUGUCAAUAUUUGCAGUAGAAGUCUCCGGAGUGAUUUACAGCAUUUAAUUAGAAUUUCGUUCAAUAAUAAUUACUUAAUUAAUUAUUAUUUGAUUCAAACAUUAAUUGAAAAUUGUGAUUUUUGCUCAUUGCAAACAGAUUUGCUAUUAACAUAAGAUGAAUAACGUUCAAUUCCAGUAAUUAAAUUGUAACUAUUGUGAGUAUAUACAGAUGAAUAGAUGAACGUGUUCAUUCUCACAUCUAUAUCUCUUAAACAAAUUACGAUAAAUAAUUCUAUUCAGAACCUUAGAACCUGUUAAUAUCAUAAAUAGCACAGUUAACAUUCAAUUUAUAAACUAUAUUAUUCAAUCGACCAAACACACAGAUCAUAAAAAUGUCCAGCAAGGUAGUAAGUAGAUUGAUAGAAUUCACUCAAAAAUUUCUAGUUACAUUAGUAAAGUAGAAAAUGUAUGAAUACAUUGAUUCGCUUGAAAUUAACUGUCCGUUUAGUGUAUAUUGAUGUUAAUUAGUCACAUAAGUCUGGUCUUCCAUAUUGCUUCGCAAGUAGAUAGAUCAAAUUAAUUUGUGUCCAAUCGAAAUGUCGACGUAAAUUUUGAUUGUACAAUGACUGAAGCUAGGUAGGCUACAAUUGAUUAGGUAAUAUAUAUUCUGUUAAAUUGUAAAUAAGAAAUUGUAAUUAUUAUGUACAAAUGCAAGUUAUCUCAACUUCAUUAUUUGAAGUGAAAGUAAUAAAUACAUCACAAUUACAAAUUAACUGAAAUACAAGUGAGUAUAUCACUAAUUUAUUAUUUUUUUAUAUGUACUAUAAAAGCUGUUACAUAGAAUUUAUAAUAGAAAUAGUAGAUCUAAGGGUUUAAAUGUUUAGUUUUUUGUAAAAAUUGACUUAGUGUACAUUUUUCAUGUACCAAGACUCAUCUCAUCAACCUCUUGAUAGAACUGUUAAUAGAAUGCAUCAUGCAUGAUUUGAUGCAUUUUAAUCUAACGUGGAUAAAGUUCCUUAUCGCUCCAAUUUCUAUUAUUAAAAAUAGAAUAAACCAGUUAGCCUACAAUCCAUGAGUUUAUAAUCCUACAGAGUUGCCAUACAUACAAAUAUAGUGGUGACCCUUGGUAAAAUUUAAAAGAUAUUCAUUAUCUUCAAACUUUGACGACAAUAUUUCAGUAAAACAGACUUUGAUUAAUACUAUUUCUCUGAAAAUUCAUCGAGGAAUUCUGGAAAUUCUUCUCAAAAUAUUAACUCAGAGUGAACUAUCCGUUUCUAAUUUGAUUCCCUAUAUUUUUUACAAAAUCUUCAACUAUGCUUUUCCGUGGUAUGUUGGGUCCAAUAGUUCGAAUAAUCUCUAUUGUAGAGUAGAUUAUUAAUCUAUAGGUAGGUACUACAUCAGAUUUCUUCUGAGCAAUGUUUAUUAUUCAUAGAACCAUCACAUAAUUUUAUUACAUUUAUCGGAUAAUUUAUCCUGUUCUCGAAAAAUACAAUUUUGAUGGACUGAUUAUUGGUUGAUUUCCUUCCAUUGUAUGUUUACUGUAUGAUUAAAUUAUGUGUACCUUUACCAAUGUUAAUAUUACUGUUAUAUUAUAAUAGAAAUAUAUUUCAAUGUUUACUAUCUUCAUCCAACAGAAUAAAACUUGUUCCAAAAUUAA